GUAACGAACAAAAACACAAAUCAAGAUCAAACAAUUGCAAAAGUUACAUUGAUUUAUAGCUCCAUUGGACAGUCAUAGAAAUGUCGAACCCUGAAAAUUACAAGGAUGCAAAAUCGAUUUACGAGUUCACCGCCAAGGACAUCAAGGGCAAAGAAGUGUCUUUGGAGAAAUACAGGGAUCACGUAUGCAUCAUCGUCAACGUGGCAUCCGAGUGUGGAUUCACCAAGAACAAUUAUACGGAGUUGGUGGAGCUGUACGACCAAUAUUCGGAGAGCAAGGGGCUGAGGAUUUUGGCAUUCCCUUGUAACCAGUUCGCCGGCCAGGAGCCCGGCACCAGCGAGGAGAUUUGCACCUUCAUCCAAGGGUACAAAGUGAAGUUUGAUGUUUUCGAGAAGAUCAACGUCAACGGUUCGGACACUCAUCCGUUGUAUAAAUAUUUGAAGUACAAACAAGGUGGGGUGCUUGGCGACUUCAUUAAAUGGAACUUCACCAAGUUUAUCGUCGACAAGAAUGGACAACCGGUGGAGAGGUUCUCCCCUAACACAGAUCCAAAAGAUCUCGUGGAGACUUUGGAGAAGUAUUGGUAAACGAAAAUUAUUGCUCACGUGUAGUAUACCUAUGUAAUAAAGAUUUGUGAAUCA